GAAGCUUGCUCGGACACUUUUCCUAUGGAAGAUAGAAGUCCAUGAGCAGAAGGAGAAAGUAUAUGAAAUGAGACGUUGGAAUGAAGCACUUGUAACAAAUAUGUUACCUGAACAUGUGGCUCGACACUUCCUUGGUUCAAAGAAAAGGGAUGAGGAGUUGUACAGCCAGUCAUACGAUGAGAUUGGUGUCAUGUUUGCCUCAAUUCCCAACUUCUCUGACUUUUACACAGAGGAGAGCAUCAAUAAUGGUGGCAUUGAAUGCCUUCGGUUUCUCAAUGAGAUCAUCUCAGACUUUGAUAGUCUGCUUGAUGAGCCGAAAUUUCGCUACAUCACAAAAAUCAAGACAAUUGGGAGCACCUACAUGGCAGCAUCAGGUGUCACCUCUGAUAUAAAUGAUGGUUACAUCUGCAUGAAGAGGGAAGAGCAGUCUCACAAAGAGCGUUGGCAGCACCUAGCUGACUUGGCAGACUUUGCUCUGGCCAUGAAGGUGACCCUAAUGAACAUCAACUACCAGUCAUUCAACAACUUCAUGUUACGUAUCGGUAUGGCUUUUUCCUUUACCUGGGGAUGUGGGUUAAACUGCUGCUGUUGCCAUUUAUAGUUAAGGCCAAAGGUU